GUCGCGGGCCGCGAGGACGUGUCUUCCCUUUUAAAAGACGUGCCCGGAAGUCCCCAUGUGUAGCCCUGGGUUGCUCGGCUCGUCGGAGACGCCCCUUUUCCAGUCCCCACCCGCCCCCGGUCGCCGGAUCGGCACCUCCCUCUCCGGCAUCUAGAUCGCUUGCCUGGAUGUCGGAUCGCCACCGCAGUACUGCUGCAACAGAUGUCUGAGAGCUAGCCAGCUGAGUAGAGGACUUCCCUCUCUGCCCGUGCUCUCCACCUGCAGCCAUGAAUGGUGGAGCCAGUAUGUGGGCCAUCACUCCAGAGGAGAGGGGGAAACACGACAAGCAGUUUGACACCCUCGCACCCAUCCUAGGCUAUGUCUCAGGGGAACAAGCAAGGAAAUUUUUCCUCCAGUCUGGCCUGCCCGCUUCUGUCCUGGCUGAGAUCUGGCACCUAGCUGACAUGGACAGCGAUGGGAAGAUGGACAGACUGGAGUUCUCCAUAGCUAUGAAGCUCAUUAAACUUAAGCUUCAGGGGCGGAACUUGCCCUCUGCCCUGCCAGUCAUCAUGAAGCAGUCUCCUGUCUCCAGUUCGGCUUGCACCAUCCCUUCAUCAGCACGUUUUGGAAUGGGUUCUAUGCCAAACCUGUCAGUUGGUCUGUCAUCCAUGUCAGCUAUGUCAGCCACGCCCAUCCUAACAUCCAUCCCGGCUAACCCCCCCACGCUCUCUGUGCAACCCCUGGUGCCAACGCCAAUGCCUCUGCCCCUCAUCAACUCGCUGGGAAACUCUGGACUCCCUAAUGGAAAUGUCAACCUCCUCACCCCACCACUUGUUCCCAACAAUGCAGCACUCCCUCUCUCUGGCUUCUCUUCACCUAUGGCGUUCUCUCCUACCACCGGCAUGUCAAAAGCCAACUCUCUUCUGGACCUUGGAUCCAGCAGUUCAAAUUCUUCCUCCACCACGUCACUGGCCAGUAACUCUCCGAAGAUGGGUGCAAGUGACUGGGCUGUUCCACAGCCCUCCAGACUGAAGUACCGUCAGCAGUUCAACACGCUAGACAAGCUCAUGAGUGGCUACUUGUCAGGACAUCAGGUUAGAAAUGCGCUGAUGGCAUCAAACCUCACCCAGACUCAGCUGGCUACCAUCUGGAUGCUGGCAGAUGUGGAUAAGGACGGUCAGCUACGAGCUGAUGAGUUCAUUCUGGCCAUGCACCUGGUGGACAUGGCUAAAACUGGCCGACCUCUACCACUCACACUGCCUCAGGACCUGGUACCUCCCUCUCUCAGAGGAGGAAUCAAGUCCAGUGAGCUUGUUAAUGGAACGGGGCCCUACAUAACUCCGUGUUUGAUAGACACAACAGAGACAGAACCUGCACAAAAGACCAAGAGCAGUGUGUCCUUUGAGGACAAGCUGAAGGAGAACUUCGCCCGAGGCAGCGCCGAGUUGGAGAAAAGGCGACUGGCUCUAGAGGAGGAGCAGAGGAAAGAGAGGGAGAGGAGAGAGAGGGAGGAAAAGGAGGCUCAAGAACGGAGGGAGAGGGAGGCCAGGGAGCAGGAGAACCGGAGGAGGCUGGAGGAGGAGAGGCGGUUGGAAAGGCAGAGGGAGAUGGAGAGGCAGAGGGAGGAGGAGAGGCUGAGGGAGCUGGAGAGGAAGGAGGCGGCGAAGCAGGAGAUGGAGCGCCAGCGGAGGGAGGAGUGGGAACGAGGGAAGAAAGAGGAGCUGGGCAGGAGGAGAGAGGGGGAGCAGGAAGAAAUCUCUCGACUCAGGGCCAAAAAGAAAAGUCUAGAGUUGGAGCUGGAGGCUGUGGGCAACAAGCACAAGCAGAUCUCAGACCGUCUCCGUGACGCUCAGAGCAAGAGGCGGAUUCAGAAGGCAGAGGUGGACCUCGUCAAUCAGAAGAGGGACGCACGCAUCCAAGAGAUCAACACGUUGCAGCUUCAGUUUGAGGACUGGCAGCGGAAGCUCUCACAGCUGGUCCCAGAACAACAGAGGCUGACUGAGAAACUGCGCAACAUCAGCCUCAACAAACUCUCAUCGGUGACUUUGACCUCUUUGACCGCGGGUGUGACGGAGAAAGGGGGGAACUGCCGAAGGCUGAAAGACCAGCUGGACACUCUGGAGAGGGAAACGACAGACAAACUGGCUCAGAUGGAGCAGUAUAAUAAGGAGCUUAAGGAGCUGAGGGAGAAGCAGGUGAGGCAGCAGGCUGUCCUGGAUGACCUGUACCGAGUCAAAGAGGAGAAAUUGAGGGAGCUGCAGAGACGCAGGGAAGAGGAGAGAGAAAGGAGGAGGAGGGAGGAAGAGGAGGCAGCCAGACAGGCAAAGCUUGAGCAAGAGAGGAGAGAGCAGGAACAGAGGGAGCAGGAGAAGAGGGAGAAGGAAGAGGAGGAGGCCCGGCAGAGGAAGCUCCUUGAGGAGCAGAGGGCCAGACAGAAGGAGGAGGAGGAGAGGGAGGCACAGGCUUGCCUCCGAGCAGCCCAGGAGAAAGCACAGGAAGAGGAAAGAAGAAGAAGAGAGGAUGAGGAGAAGAGGCAAAAGGAGGAGGAAGAAGAGAGGAAACGGAAAGAGGAGGAGGAAGAGGAGAGGAGGAGGAGGAAAGAGGAGCAGCAAAGAGGAGGACAGCAUCCGGUGUCGGUGCCUCAGCGAUCAUUCAAGCUGACCAUGUAUAGAGCCCUGUACUCCUUUGUUGCCCGCAACGCAGAUGAGCUGAGUAUAGACGCAGACUGUCUCAUAGAGGUGGAUGAGCAGACUGUCGGUGAGCCUGGCUGGUUGUGCGGGAGUUACCGUGGAAACCGGGGCUGGUUCCCCCAGAGUUAUGCAGAGAAAUGUCCCAAACCCUCCACUGCUGAGACUGCCCCUUCUUCGCCUGGAAAAACAUCCUGUCCACCGCCACCACUUAACAUGGGAGUCCCAGAUGGGGAGGCAAAAGGCGGCAACACUGCUCCUGCCCAAUCAGACGCUUCACAGCCCUCGGUCUCGCUGCUGGCUCGUGCCGUCUCCUCGUGGUCAGCCACCUCGGAAACUCGCCUCAACCUCUCCUCCAGUGACGCCAUCACCGCGCUGCUGAGCUUCUCACAGGGGGACAUCAUCAGCGUGGUGCAGCAGAGGGACGAGUGGUGGUUGGGACAGCUCAGCGGGACGCAAGGAUGGUUCCCUAAGAGCUAUGUCACUUUGGAGACGGCCGGGAAUACUGAUAUGGAUGCAUUUGACACAUCCGACUCUGUUCAGCUAGAGGAGUAUGUGGCCUUGUACACGUAUGAGAGCCCAGAGGCCGGGGACCUGACAUUUGUUGAGGGGGAUGUUGUCAUGGUGACGGAGAGAGAAGGAGAGUGGUGGCGAGGAUGCAUCGGGGACCAGACGGGGGUGUUCCCCUCCAACUAUGUGCGACCUGUUGAGCCAGAGCCGUCAAGACCUGGAGCUCCAACCAAGAAGCCUGAGAUAGCCCAGGCAGUCGCCAACACCGUCGCCCCGACGAUGCAUCAGCUGCAUCUGUCUCCAGGGCAACUGAUUGUGGUCCUGGCCAAGAACUCCACUGGCUGGUGGCUCGGGGAACUGCAGGCUCGGGGUAAGAAGCGGCAGAGAGGGUGGUUUCAUUCCUCUCACGUCAAGCUCCUGGGUCCCUCCAGCAGCAAGUCCUCUCCCUCCCCUCUGCCAGUGUGCCAAGUUAUCGCGAUGUACGACUACACUGCUGCCAAUCGGGAUGAGCUGAGCUUCUCCAAGGGUCAGCUGAUCAACAUCCUGGACAAGACAAACCCUGAUUGGUGGAAGGGAGAAGCCAAUGGGGUCAUAGGCCUGCUGCCCACAAAUUAUGUCAAGAUGACAACAGAAUCAGACCCCAGCCAGCAAUGUACAGUAGAUUCCUCAUCCAUGUCAGAGCAUGGAGAGACUGGCGGGUGUGCCGACCUGAUGACGUUGGACACCAUGACCCCUCAGGAGAGAAAGAGACAGGGUUAUAUCCAUGAGCUCAUCCAGACUGAGGAGACUUAUGUGGAGGACCUGGAGCUGGUGCUAGAGGUUUUCCACAAGCCCAUGUCUGAGUCCGGCCGUCUAACAGAAGCUGAGAUGGUGGCGAUCUUUGUUAACUGGAGGGAGCUGAUUAUGUGUAACACCAAACUGCUCAAGGCCCUGCGUGUCAGGAAAAAGACAGGAGGAGAGAACAUGCCGGUUCAGCUCAUAGGAGACCUGCUGGCGUCGGAGCUCGCGCACAUGCAGCCCUACAUCCGCUUCUGCUCCUGCCAGCUCAACGCCGCUGCUCUGCUGCAGAGCAAAACCCACAACCAGCUCGACUUUAAAGACUUCCUCAAGAAGAUCGCCACUAACUACCGCUGUAAAGGAAUGCCACUGUCCAGCUUCCUCCUCAAGCCGAUGCAGAGGAUCACACGCUACCCCCUACUUAUCAAGAAUAUCCUGGAGCACACGCCUGAUGGCCACGCGGACCGCGGGCCCCUGAGAGAGGCUCUGGAGCGAGCCGAGGAGCUAUGCUCUCAGGUCAACGAGGGGGUCAGGGAGAAGGAGAACUCCGACAGGCUGGAGUGGAUACAGAGCCACGUCCAGUGUGAGGGACCGAUAGAGCACUUGGUCUUCAACUCGCUGACAAACUGCCUCGGGCCUCGCAAGCUGCUUCACAGCGGUCGGCUGUACAAAACCAAAAGCAGCAGGGAGCUGUGGGCUUUCCUCUUCAGUGAUUUCCUCCUCCUCACACACAGCGCCAAACCCUUCUCGUCCUCAGGACCAGACAAGCUUUUCAGCCCCAAGACCAACAUACAGCUGAAGAUCUACAAAACACCACUAUUUCUGAAUGAGGUUUUGGUGAAAAUGCCUCCGGACCCAUCCAGCGAUGAGCCGCUCUUCCACGUCUCACACAUCGAUCGCGUCUACACGCUCAAAACUGAGACUUUAAACGAGAGGACAACGUGGGUCCAGAAAAUCAAAGCAGCAUCUGAACAUUUCAUAGAAACCGAGAAGAAAAAGAGAGAGAAAGCUUACCAAGCACGUUCCCUGAAAACCAGCGGUAUCGGCCGACUGCUGGUGACUGUCACUGAAGCUCAGGAGCUCAAGGCCUGCAAACCCAACGGUAAGAGUAAUCCGUACUGUGAGCUGACGAUGGGGGCUCAGUGCUACACCUCCCGGCCCAUCAGCGACACUCUGAACCCCAAGUGGAACUUCAACUGCCAGUUCUUUAUCAAAGACCUCUACCAAGACGUCCUGUGUAUCACUGUGUUCGAGAAAGACCAGUUCUCACCAGAUGAUUUCCUGGGUCGGACUGAAGUUCCUGUGGCAACUAUCAAGAAAGAGAUGGAGAGCAAAGGUGCUGCAAACCGUCACCUACUACUACACGAAGUCCCUACCGGGGAAGUUUGGGUCAAACUAGAUUUACAGCUUUAUGAGCCAAGCAAAUGAGGAUGACACACAGCCAAACACUCCCUCAGACACAGACAUUCAUUUUAUAGUGAUGAAGAGAAGACAUUAGCAUAAGCAGAAACACUUUAACAGCCUAAAAGUGCCUGCUUGUAGUGCAAGUAAUGCCAUGAAAACCCCUCGAUUAUGCCGUAGCUGCCUUGUCCUGCCUGGACCCAUUUAAUUGACCUCAGACAGAAAGGGAAGGAGACCUUGCCAUAAAUGCGGAGUAACGAACUGGCGAAAUGUCCUCAGAAGUAGUUAUUUAUUGUGGAAAAUUGAAUUCUUUCUUCACAUAAAAUCAGCGAAAAUGUGAAUACUUUAAUGUUCACUACUUGAAUGAAGUUAGACAGACAGGCCUUAAAAUGUAACCAGGUAGUUUUCCUAAAUUAAUGUUAAAAAAUUUAAUAUUUUUGUACCAUAUAUACACAUUCGUAUACAGUACUAUUUCACUCUUAA